AAUGCUAGCCUAAUCUACUUCCGCUCAGUUGUUUAAAAACUCUACUCGCUAGGCUACUUUACUUUCAACUUACUUGCGGCCUACUUUAGGUUAUAAUUUCUUCGAAGUCGAAUCUUACACGGAGAAAUUUAUCCAAAGAUGAACCAUGAGCCGGUCCAGACACCAACAGAGCUUAUUCAAGCGUCUAUACAUCUAAUACAAAAGCUGAGGACUGGAGUAGGUCAGGUUUUCAAAGAUCUGUCGGACGGAAUUAGUGAGCAUGCUGAUGAAAAUUCAAGCAAAGAGGAAACCGACUCGACUGCCGCUUCUUCAUCAACAAAGGAUGCUGCCAAGGACAAAAACAGUACCAUAUCAUCUCAGAACCAGAAAGAAGGCUCAGGAACAGAAAAGUCUGAGGAUCAGCAAGAGAAACAUCGGGCAAUCUUACGAACUCUUAAGCGGUCUUUGGAAACUAUAAGUCAUGAUUUCAGUGACUUGGAAAAGACUGGUGGCCACCUUGGACCUGUGCACAUGCUGUCGAAUAUUGAUUACCUGAGCCUCGAUCCAGUGGAUAAAAACACUGUCAUGCAUCCACAGCUCUUGCAGGCUUACAAAUGGACAAACAAGAUGCAUGAGUUAGCAAAUCAGGCUUUUACAGUCCUUAGUCAGAACUCACUGAAACGCACACAGUCUCCUUUUUUCACAAGUGCCAAGAAGCAAAAAGGCAGUCUUCCUGUGGCUUGUUUAGUCCCCCCAGUGGCAGUGGACACCUUUGUGCAUAAUCUGGAUCAGUCAAAUGUGGACAUGUCAAUAUCUAUCUCAAGACCACUGGGCAGCUGUGGGGUCAUGCAGAUUGACCUGAAGCGUACACUCAGAGCCGUUGUCGUCUUGCGAGGUCUUAUGAUCGAAUGGGUAAAAGUGAAAGGCUUUGAUGAAACCUUCAAGACAGAGGAUGGUCAGAUUGAUAUUUGGUCUUCAUCAAGGUAUCAAGUGUUUCAGAAGAUCACAGAUCAUGCAGAGGCAGCAUCUUUACACUACUAUGCUCCUGCAAAGCCAGAAAUCGCGAUCAAGUCUUUUGUGCUAUGGCUUGAAGGAUUCUCGACACUGUUCUCUGCCCCUUGUCACAAAUGUGGCAAACAUUUACAGAACAACAUGCCACCAACCUGGAGAGACUUCAGAAGCCGAGAACCAUUUCAUGAUGUUUGUCGUAUGUGAAAUAUUUUAUGAUGUGUGAGGUCUACUUGAGUUGUAGUGCUUGUGGGUGACAUUAAGUGGCAGAUUGGAUGUGUAUGAGCAAGGGUAGUUUUGGGUUGUUUUUUUUAUUCUCACUUCCUUUUGAAGCACUUUCUUUGAGGUUGUCAAGUUGUAUGCUUUAGCGGAGUGAGAAAAAGCAUUGGUGACCAGGCUGAAACAACACCUGGACAUGUUGGUGCAUGGAGGCAACCAUGAUCCCAAGCAGUAGCCCAGGUUGCUCAGAGUAUGUUAGUAAAAUAGAGAACAAAGCAUGAUUGGACUACAUUUUGCUUUCCGAUGAUAGGUUUAUGGCCUUUACUUGCUUAGUUUUGUCUGCUUUUAAGCAUUUUCAAACACAGUAGGAUGACAUCAUAUAUUUUCCCUUGUGACCACGGGCGUUUUGUUAGCGACACUUGGAGGUUAGGUAUCAGAAUGGUAUUUUGGAUUGUCAUAUUUUCUUUGUAGGGAGUCAGUAUUGUACAAAUGAUAUGUACAUUAUAAUUGACCUGUUUGUAGCAUAUGGCUCAUUCAGUGUUUCUUUUAACAGGGGUUAGCGAUGAUGAUUUUUGUUUUACCUUUUUAGAGGUAGCUUAAAAUAUUGCCAAUACUCCCAUCCAUUCAUCCUUAUGACCAGGAUUAUCUCUAUAGGAGAGGUAGUGUAAGAUCUGAACUGUAAAGGACACAUUGAGAAGAUGUGAGCGUGCUGGUUUUGCAUGUCGGAUGUGAAUGGUGAAAUAUGAUUUACUAAGGGUAAUCAUUUUAACAUAUAUGAUGGUGAAUGUUUAGAAUAAAUGAACUUUUGAAAAAUGUAGGUUGGUGAUGUAUUAUUUUUUAAAGUAUAAUUGUAUAUGUUGUAUGUACCAUUUAUGUGUUUUUUUAGAUGAUCAUCAUGGCAUGAGAAAACUUAUUGAUGUGAGAAAUGAGAUGAACCGAUUGUCGUUUGCUAUUGCAGACAUAUUUUUACUUGACAUUAAAACUAAUUUAAAAGAUU